AACAUGCAUGCUGUCAGAUGGAAUCAAGGUAAACAGUAGGCGCGGUGCUCGUUUGACAAUCAGCUGCUGCUGGCUGAUUGUGGUGGUGUUGGUGUUGGUUCGUUUUGUUUACAUUUCUAUUCCAUACACGCUGGUGGAGUGAACCAGAACGCGCGCCCAGCAUGAAGCCGAUUACGCUAAGAAUUUUCAAUUUUCCACCCAUAUUUACCAGUGUCGAUGUGCGAGAGUUUUUACACCUCUUCGGGUUGGAAACGGAUCGUUUUAUCAAACGGAGAAAUACGCACGGUGCGAUUGUGAGCGUUGACAACGAAUCGGAAGUACGCCUAGUGAUUGCGCGCCUGCAUCAGCUGCAGAUUAAAACGCACCGAUUGAAAGUAGAGUACACUGGUGAGACUGAGCCCUCUAGCUCAUCAGACUGUUCCGUUCUGAAGGACGCUGCAAGGAGUAGGACUAGGGCCAUGCCAGGGGAGCCCUGUUUUUCGCUCGGAUAUGACUCGUUCCCACCGCCACAUCUCUCUUACCGGUAUCCAAAGUGUACGCCCGAUAUCGCAGCAAACAUCGUCGCAGAGCUGGCCUCGAACACUGCACUUUACUACCAGACGCUGCACUUGAUGAACAAGAUGAACCUGAAACCACCGUUUGAAAGUGGCCCAAAUGCCGAUCCAAUCGCUCGCGUAACGGAACGACCGGAAGGGGAUGGCCUUGCGGCUCAAACAGCUACACUGUCGGACGAGGAAUCGGAGCUAGAAUCGGACUCAGAACUGAACAGUGCAGGGAAGGUAAAAGUGGCUUCCAGCUUGCUGAAGCGCACCAUGAAAGUAGUCAAUUACGACCCUGCGCCGGUAGAGCCACAAACUGUCGGGAAGCCACAGAAAAAGGCGAAACUAGAAAUACACAUUUCUGCAGCUUCACUAACCGCAUCAGAUGGAAAUAUUCCUCCCGGCGAUCCUACACCGGUGGAAACACCGGAGAAGGUAGCAUCCUCGGCGGAAGCCCGAUGCCCGCCACCUUUAUCCAUCGAUACUAUUUUAAGCAAUCGAAUCCCAGACGAGCAACGCAAAACGCUGAACGUUUUCCAACACUACAGCGCAGGCGAACCUACCAACAAGCUGUACAUUAAGAACCUUUCCAAGCACGUCACGGAACAGGAUCUGCUGUCGGUUUUCGGCGCUUUCUUCCCCGACAAAGAGGUUCAAACAAUCGAUGUAAGGCUGAUGAAAACGGGAAGAAUGAAGGGUCAAGCAUUUGUUACAUUUGUUCCUCCUGCUGGCGAUGGUGUCGAAACGCCUGAUGGUGGCAUAUUUGAGGCAUGUGUAGAGCGUGCACUGACUGCAGUUAACGGAUACAUAUUGAAGGACAAACCAAUGGUAGUUUCCUAUGCAAAGAAGACGUGAGAUAGGGCCACGAAAAAUGGGUACAGAAAUAAAUAAGAAAAUUGUACAUACA